AUGGUUGCUUGUCUAUUUUGGGCCAUUUCGAAAGCAAGAAAUGCAGUCACUUUUGAAAGUCAGAAGCACAACAUUGGUAGUAUUCUCAAAGAAGGUCUUUUCUGGUAUAACCGGUACAAAGAGUUUGAUGAUGACUUCUUACAGAUUGCAAAUACUGCUACUGCGUCAGAAAGCUCCUAUCAGACAGGUUCAUCUCAACAAGUCCACUGGAUGCCCCCUAAACAUAAUUUCCACAAGAUUAACGUGGAUGCAGCUGUGAAAGAUUUUUUAUCGUCUUGUGCAGUAGUUGCUACUGACUCAAAUGGGUCUAUUUUAAGUGGAGGUUGUCAUAUUCUCACUCAGAAUAACCCUCUUAUCGCUGAAGUUCAAGGUUUUCUACUUGCUUUCCAAUUGGCGGCGAAAGAAGACUAUGCUCGGGUUAUUAUUGAGGGUGACUGUCAGACAAUUGUCAAUAUUCUUAAUGGUCGGGCUACUUUCACUCCUUGGAGGAUUCUUGGCAUCAUUGAAAGGAUCCAGACUUUGCACUCUACUAUGGUCGAUGUUGAAUUCAGUUUUGUUCAGCGAGGAGCUAAUUCUACUGCUCAUAAACUCGCAAAAUAUGUUAUCCAACAUAAUUCUCACCUAUGA